UCAAGUGCCGCUUUAAGGAUCGUCUUCUUUCACUAGUGAAACUCCUAUCAUGCAUCUUAACGGGAACAAGGCGGUAGCUCUCAGACUCAGUGUAACCCUAACACUCUUAGGUGGUCCUGAGUAACCCCACUCUUAAUAGGUCCUCUUGAAUGCUUCUAACCACAGUGUGCGAGAAGAACACGUACAGACGGCAAGGUAGAUUUCAUACCCAUCAUAGGUGCUUUCAACAACCACAAGUUCGAUGAGGCAGAACACACAGAAGAUGAACGAAGAACAACAACGUUGUGCUACCAAAUCCGUUCUUUCACAAAGGCAGAACAAGCAAAGAAAGCAAAAAGAUUAAGGCUGUUUUCUAAUCCAUCUCGUGAAGCAUGCUGGGAAGGCUUUCAAGGGGAAAAAAGUCUCUUCAGGAUGAUCUUCAGGAUGGACUAUUAUGGUGAGCGCUAAAAAGAGUCAGGUAUGUGAAGAACAUGCUGAAGAAAGGCCAGUCGGCUUGUGGGUACGAGUCUCUAGUGAUGCUCGCACCGAAGACGUUGAAUCAAAUCGCUACUGUAGUGGGA